UAAAGGGCAAAUUGGGUAUGAAAUAAAAUUCAUAGAUGAUGACUUUUGCCGUCUUCGUCGUGGUUGGCGGUUUCUUCUCCCCUAUGCUAAUUAAUACAUUACAUCCUCAUAUAUAAAUUACGCUAAACUCAAAAAUAAAUAAAUAAUAUAUGCAAUUAUAUAGUGAUCCUUUUUCCCCUUUGAACACAGAAUUUUUCUGAGAUUCAGAUCCAAACCCGCUUUGUGUUCUUAAUUUCCGCCAUUGUUGCCAAUUUGAAAUUAGCUUAAAAGAAAAAUCAAAGAACCUGACGAAAAUGGCAACGGUGUCUCCUUUGGCCAAAUACAAGCUCGUCUUUCUCGGUGAUCAAUCCGUAGGCAAGACCAGCAUCAUUACACGCUUCAUGUACGACAAAUUCGAUACCACCUAUCAGGCCACAAUAGGCAUCGACUUUUUAUCCAAAACAAUGUAUCUUGAAGAUCGGACAGUUCGUUUGCAGCUUUGGGAUACUGCAGGACAAGAAAGGUUCAGGAGUUUAAUUCCAAGCUACAUCAGGGAUUCAUCUGUAGCAGUAAUAGUUUAUGACGUCGCAAAUAGACAAUCAUUUCUUAACACAAGCAAAUGGAUUGAGGAAGUACGUACAGAGCGGGGUACUGAUGUCAUUAUCGUUCUUGUCGGAAACAAAACUGAUCUCGUUGAUAAAAGGCAAGUUUCUAUAGAGGAAGGAGACGCCAAGUCCCGUGAGUUUGGAGUUAUGUUCAUAGAGACUAGUGCAAAAGCAGGAUUUAAUAUCAAGCCUCUUUUCCGUAAAAUCGCGGCUGCCUUGCCUGGGAUGGAGACGCUUUCUUCCACAAAACAGGAAGAUAUGGUCGACGUAAACCUUAAGCCGACAGUUAACUCAUCACAGAUGGAACAGCAAGGAGGAGGUUGCUCAUGCUAGCCUCUUCAUUCUCUCUUCCGAAGAAGAAUACUAUGAAAAUUGGUUCAACAUAUCUCUCAGCUGGAUAUAAACUUUUUUCUUUUUGUUUCUAAGUAAUUCGUUUUCUCAGCGCAUAAAACACAUCACUCAAGUUCUAACAAAAUCAGAGUUACAAUUUUUGAUGUAUUUAUUUUGUUUUAGAUGCAUUGUCUUGGAACUUUAACCUUUUUCACUUUAGUUAUAUUUUACAAUAUAAAUUUAUUCAUUACAUAUCAAAA